ACACGGUGACGUAUCCGUGUUGUCUCCUAGCAGAGGAGGAAACGGAGCAGGCCGAAGACUUCGCGUGUAAAACAGCUCGCGAGAAAUAUUAUUAUUAGCGAAAUAUUUAUUAGAAUUAUAAAGAAAAUCGAAUUUUGUCGAAUUGCGUCAUCGAACGGAAAUGACGUGACUCCAGUUCGUGAAAACUUCAAGCUUUACCGUUCUGGCUAGUCUGUGCUAGCGUGCUAGCAAUGAGCUGCUGUUUGUUUUGAUAGCAUGGUUUUAUUGUCAUCCAAAAAUGAAUGAGAAAUCGUAAACAGUUCGCUGUAUAUAUUAUUAUUAUUAAUAUUUUGAAGUAGUAUUUAUCUAGUAAAGGAGUGUGUCAGAGAGAGAGUGAAGAGUGUAGAGAAAGAGGAGCGCUGAUUAGCUAGCUCUCAGACUAACAGUAGUGACUAUGGGAAACUGUCUGAAAUCCCCGACAUCGGACGACAUUUCGUUACUGCACGAGUCUCAGUCGGACCGAACCAGCACCGGGGACGGAGCUGAGCCCGAGUUAGAGCCUCCUCCGCCGUAUGAGGAGCAGGCCCGCAUGCCCGUGUACCAUCCCACACCCAGCCAGACAUGUCUGGCCACCCAGCUGACCGAAGAGGAGCAGAUCCGCAUCGCUCAGCGCAUCGGCCUCAUUCAGCACCUGCCCAGAGGAGUGUUCGACGGAGGGAAGGACGGCUCAGAGAAGAAGAUCCGCGAGUGUGUGAUUUGUAUGAUGGACUUUGUAUACGGCGACCCCAUCAGGUUCCUGCCCUGCAUGCACAUCUACCACAUGGACUGCAUAGACGACUGGCUCAUGCGCUCCUUCACCUGUCCUUCCUGCAUGGAACCAGUCGACGCCGCGCUCCUCUCCACGUACGAGACCAACUGACCAUCAGCUGCACGUCGCCAUGCUCUCUGGAGAGACCUCGUCCCCAUCCUCGUCCUCGUCCUCGUCCUCCUCCUCGUCCUCCUCUCCGGUUCUCAACAUCCAGCAAAGAGCGGCCGAAGGCCUCCGUCGUGUCCCCGGCCGCUCUUACUAGUUAAGGGGUUAGUAUAGAGGCCAAUCUUCGAAGAUACCCAGCGCACACACUCACACACACUUAUUUUUCUUUAUCUCACUGCUCAUGCACAUUCUUUAUCAGUUAGUCGCCAUUUAUUUCGGUAUAUAUUUGCAGCAGAAAUAGAAGAGAUUGCCGAGGACUGAAUAUCUCUGGUCUCGCGUUAGAGCAGAAGUCUAUAUUCUCAAGCACUUAUCGGCUUAUUUCGAGCUUCAGUAAUCGGACACUUUUUUUUGCCCCCCCUCCUUUUUUUUUUUUUUUUUACGAACCUGAAAUGGCUGUUCUGAAGAAAUGUGACGCAGUUCUCCGUCGCUUUGACUAAACGUGUAGAGUAGGUGUAGGCACAGGGGUGUACAACAAUCUCCCAGAACGUGUGCGGAUUAUAUCCCAGAUAGCUUCUUUGCUUCUGAUUUAAUGCUUAUGAGAGGAAGGGCUCAGUAAAGCAAGCUUUUAUUACAAUACGCAUCGUUUAUAUAACACGUGCCCGUUCAUCCAGUAGUUCUGUCAGUGCACUCGUUCUGAUACGUUACCGUUUCUAUAGAAACCUUGUAUGACGGACGCUCCUUAUGAAGGGAUAGUGCGGGGGGGGAAGCAUCCAGUGAGCAGCAGGUCUGUGAACGGAAACGCGUUGUCGAUGAGAACGGCUAGACUGGUUCGAGCCGACAGGAAGGCUGUGCCGACUCGGACAACCACGGCGAGCAUCUCAACACGUCAAUCAUUACCACUCAUGUCAGCCAAGAACGGGUACAGUUUUGCAAAGAGCCUCCAGUGUCAGCAAGUUUCCCACCACUGGAAAGUCCUCACUACGCCUUGUGGUUUCCCUGAAGCGUAAGAAGCUCUUCUUAACGUCUAGACAGAAUAAACCGGAUGCGGAUGUUCGACGGCAUUAAACGUGACUAAAUGGAUCAAAACGUAAACGUAAGAUGUAAUCCUCGGCAAAGUGCUGUCGUGUAAGAGGAAUAAAACGCUCCAGGACUUGCAUGUAUUAAAAUGAAAAUAAUCAACCACCGUACCUUCGCUUUCCUUCCGCCUUGCGUCGCAGCACGCUGCCGUUUAUCCGUUUUCCCGUACCAGCACACAUCGAGGGUUUUAUUCCCGACUCCGAAUGUCGACGCGUUCGCCCUGACGCACGUCACGUCUUCAAGCCUUUACCGAUCGAGGUUUCUGUUUCGCGUGACGCUUAUUUCGGAAGAUAGUUGUACACCUCCGAACUCCGGUUACACUACAUGACGGAUCUUUAAAUCUCCCACAGACGCACAGCUAAAGCUGGAACACAUCCGCCGAGUGUUUCCGCGCUCCCGUCGGGUCUCUUCUCAAUCGUUUUAUUGCCAAAGGUGCAGAAAUAUACACAGGUAACUCGUCAAAAGGGCUCAGUUGUGCAUGGGGUGGGGGGGGUUUUUGGUCGAACCAAAUGACUACCUGUCUCAAUCUACAUUAGAAAUGCUUGCACAUACAAAAAAAAAAAAAUACUAGUAUGUACUAAACCUAGAGAUUUGCACUUUACACACGAGAAUUAUGAUGAUAAUGUAUUUAUGUAGAACGUUUUGUUUUUUUUUCCCCCCCGUUCUUCUUUUUCUGUCAGUAGUGCUGAUGAUUUUCUCAGAUGCAAACAGAGCAGGUUAUCUACAGCAGGGUCCGAAAGUCUGAGAGCGCCAGCGAAAAUGCGUCUAUUUUGCAUCCUUUUCUAAUUUUAUGCAACAGAUUUCCUUACAUAUGACACCAUCGACAACAACUCGAGCGAAAGUGAAAAGGAGAAUCUUUACGCGAAUUGUUUCUUAGUAUUUGGAACGUCCACUCUUUUUAUUGUAUUUUUCAUUUUUUUUGCGCUUUAACGAGAGCGUGCACUCGAGCUGGCCGGAUCGGACUCGACGAAGUCGGUGCACAACCUCCUGAUCCGUUCGAGAUCAAAUUCCAUCGGAGUGCCGUCUGAUCACACGCUUCGAUAGAAGAGAUUAGGACGUCCGAUCUUUCGUACAGAGCUGUUAACGCGGUCAAUAUCACACGUUCAAUUAGCGAGCUAGAAAUCGUGCCGAAUCGUGAAUAUUAACUAUCCAACAUAUUGAGCCUUCUGUUUCAAUCCCGGAUUUUCAGUGCGGUCUCAGACUUUUCGGAUCCCGUCGGAUCACUUCCUUUUCAUUUGUAUUAUUCCGAGUCACUUAUUCCACAAACCUAACGAUAUCCAGACUUCUUUAUUAGUUGUUGAAAUUACAAACUGAUGCUGUUCACCAUGGCGGCUUGAGCCAUGGUCAAUAAAAAUGCAGACUAUUAAACAAA